CUCUUUCCUCUCUUUUCCUUUCACAUCAGGCAGGCAGAGCGAUUUUCAUUCCAUAUACCUAAAACAGAUCAACAAUGGCUCUGAAAUAUCUAUUCAACAGGACUAUGUCCAUGCCCGAUAUGGUCAAUGAUAACCCCGUCUUUGAUGAUUCCGACAAUACAAAACAGAGACCGCUAUCUGCUGUGGCAGAGGCGUUCGAGGAUCUAUCCAAAAUGGUGAAUGAUGCCGGUACUAGCCCCGGCGAACUCAGAUUGAAGCCGUUUUGCGAUGCAUGUUCCUUAGUCUCCGUCUUAUUCGGAUGCCUAGGCAUGGCUUUCAGAUUUGCCGAACUGGAAUACGUCUCCAAGGUACAUAAUCUUGUUGAAGCUGGAAAUCGAUACGAGACGUUGAGUAGCAUGCUGGAUAUUGAUGUGCGAAACGAUACAGUGAGAACACCGGGAAGUAAUUCACGCAAUUUACGUAGGGUUAGACAAGGACUUGAUCUGAUUAGAGCAAUCUUCAAGAAUUUCUUAUCACCAGAAUUUUGCUCGUUGAAAGAUGCAGCAUCAACAGCUUAUGCAGAUGUUUGUGCACCUUACCAUACAUGGGCUGUAAGGACUGCAGCUUAUGCUGGAAUGUGUGUUCUUCCAACUAGGGAACAACUUCUACUUAAAUUGAAUGCAACUGAUGAGUUAGCUGAAAAGGAGAUGAACAGGUAUAUAAAGGCAUCGUUGCCUGUUAUAGAAUUCAUAGACAAGUUGUAUGUGUCGAGAGACAUCAGCUUGGAUUGGUGACGACGAUGAUGAUUGACUUUACUGAAACCAUAUCUCAAUAUAUUCUUCACCAACAAGGUUUUCAGAUUUGUGUUGUUGGUUACAGAUGAACUAGCUGAAAAUGAAAUGAACAGGUAUAUAAAUUCAUAGACAAAGUUGAGGGACUUCGGCUUGGAUUGGUGA